AUGCUUUUUAAAGUAUUGUACAGUCUAUUGCUAGUAUCUUCCAAUCUCGCUUCUGCCUUAUAUACCAAUGAAACUAAUAGCUAUACACCAGAAACCAAGACGUUAUCUCCAACCUACUCUGUUUUGCCUCAGGAAACAACAUUAACGUACAGUGAUGAGACAACCACCUUCUUCAUAACCUCUACCUUUUACUCUACUCAUUGGUUCACGUUAUCUCGAUCAACUGCUAGCGCCAGCACAUCUACCACUGACACUCCCACUUUAACUACGUCAACAAAUGAAUAUACCACCACCUAUUCAGACACAGACACGACCUACACAUCUACUCUAACCUCCACUUACAUCAUUACUCUCUCCGCAGAAUCCAUCAAUGAAAAGGCUGAACAAGUUUCCACUAGUGUCACAGAAAUUGCUUCCACCAUAACAGACUCUGAUAGCACGUAUACUUCCACCUUAACUUCAACUUUGUUAGUCACCUUGCGCAGUUCUCAAACUGCUACGGCUGUGACAGCUUCUCCAACUGGGGAUUCUGCCUCGAACGUCGUUGCUCUAGAAAAGUUAGUCUCUGCUGAAAACCAAUCCCAAACUGCUAAAACUUCAUCCGAUGGUGAUGUAUAUUGCAUUGCGGCCACUCAGUGGGUCACAGUUACUGCUACGCCAGUCACUCAACUCGUUACUACCACCGCCGAACCUAUUGUUAAAUAUGUUACUAUAACUGCUGAGGCCGGUAAUAUUACAGCUUCUGCUAAUAAUGGUACCCGAAUUUAA